AUGGCUGCAAAACCGUUCGACGAGAUGGAGGUGAACUGGAUCACCCAGCCGGACCCAAUUGGUGUGGCCACGCUGGGUGUGACCAUUUGCCUCGGCGCCAUUUCCCUGAUCGUUGUCAUCCUUCGUGUCUGGGCUCGUCAGAACACGGGCGCUCUUGGACUUGACGACUAUCUCAUGAUAGUCGGGUUGGGGAUUUUCCUGGCAUGCUGCACCUUUACUUCCAUCGCUGUUUAUGCGGGCAUGGGGACGAAAGAUGCGCGUCUAGAGGAAUGGAACUCUGUGGCAGGCAUCAAGUGGCUAGUCUUCUUCCAAAUCACCUACGCCUGGAGAAGAGGUACCGCGUCAAUCCUCAGCACCACGAUUGGUUUCAUCGCAGUGGUAGCAGUCUGCCGGCCGGUCAGCUACACUUGGGACAAGUCUCUUGACGGGUCCUGCGCACCGACCAAUAUCAUCACCAGCAUCAGCUAUCUUAUUACGGUGAUGGCGAUUAUCACUGACUGGACCUGCGCUACCGUCCCGACUGUGGUUGUGUGUGGGCUCCAGAUGAAAUCGAGAGUCAAGGCUUCGGUAUGCGCCGUGCUCGCUUUGGGUGCCAUUGCGAGCGCCGCCACCAUCAUCCGACUACCGUACCUCCAGUACUACAACGUUGUUGACGAUUACUUGCACAACAUUGCCAAUAUCGUCCUCUGGUCAAUCUUUGAAUGCGGCAUCGGCAUCAUCGCAGGCUCGUUGCCAUCCCUCCGACGACUCCUGAAGUUCUGGCUCGACAAGUCUUCAAAGGGCUCAUACAACAACACCGGGUCGAACCCCCUGCAUGGAGAUUCUGGAUACCAAGGGAGCAAUGGCGUCAAGUUGAACAACCUUAGCGGAAGAGCGAUGACAGUGACCAAUUGCCAGACUGGCAAUCGAGACAACUGGGUACAACUAGACGAUGACGACAAUAGCCAGAAGCACAUCAUCAUGAAGACACAGGAGGUUUCGGUUCGGAUUGAGAUGGACAACCACAAAAGACACAGAUGA